AUGUGGCGUCACGUUCCUCACUUUAUUCUGCAGCCUUCGCGUCACGUCUUUUCUUGGUCGUUAUCACGUGCUGUUGUACCUUGUGCAAACGUUAGUACCAAUUGUGGAGAAAGAGAUGGCUUUGAUUGUCCCGUUCACGUCCCCGUUCUGCUACGUGAGACUCUCGCUGCGUUUUCACGAAAGCGUUUCGAUACUGGUGGACCUCGUCAUUUCGUAGAUGGUACUGCAGGCUUUGGAGGUCACUCACGAGCCAUGUUACAACACUUUCCCGACGUGAAAUUGCUUUGUGUGGACCGAGAUCCUGAAGUUUUAAGGAUUGCUCAAACCAAUUUGGCUGACUUCCAGGACCGCGUGAGGUUUUCCAAUGGAUCGUACAAUGACUUAGAGAUGCACUUGAAAAUGGCUGGGUUCCCGAAGGAAGUGGAUGGAAUAUUGGUUGAUUUGGGAGCCAAUAGCUUUCAUUUUGAUACGGCAAGACGUGGGUUUAGUGUGCUUCAUGACGGACCAUUGGACAUGAGGUUCAAUCAGCAAGAUGCACAAGCUCAAACGGCAGCAAAUGCAGUGAAUACGUUGUCUGAAGUCCAGCUGACAAAGAUUUUCAGGGACUUUGGAGAGGAGAAACUGGCAAAGGAGUUUGCCAAAGCAAUUGUACGUGAACGCGAGGAACGAGGCAAAGUGUUUGAGACAACUAGGGAUUUACGUGAAUCCAUUGAACGCAUUGCUAAUAUGUGGAAGUCCGUGAAGAAGGGCAAGAACAAGAAGAAGAAGAAGAAGGGCAAUCGUGCUAGCAAAGCUGGAAGUACACAUCCAGCUACACGUUGUUUUCAAGCAUUGCGGAUUCACGUGAACGACGAGCUCAAUCACGUGGAAAGUGGCGUCAAGAAACUUGUGAACCACUUAGCUCCAAAUGGACGACUCGUGACAAUUGCGUUCCAUUCGUUAGAGGAUCGACCGAUUAAGGAUUUCUUUCGUGAACUGGACAAGCACGGCAGGAUUGAAGCGGAUGAGGAUGAAGAUGAUGAGUGGGAUGAUGAAGACAGCGACGAUGAAGACGAGGUUGAAUCAGAGGAAGACGCCAAUCCACUCAGCAAAAAGCGCUUCCGCCUACAACGGCGAAAAGCUACCAAGGCUAGUGCUGAAGAGGUUGCGACCAACUCACGCUCGCGUAGUGCACGCCUGCGCUGUCUUGAACGUAUCGGGUAA